GCUACGUCCUUCUGUCAAUCACACAGUGUUCCUUCCACUACCGCUCCUACAGUAAAUAUUUGUGUUUGCUCAACCGGCUGUAAUGGUGGACGACUGAGGCAGAGAAACGGAAUACAACUAGAGUGAAGAAAGAGAGGAAAAACGGUCGAAAGUCUGUUUCAGAGCCAGUCGCCGCGAGAAGGACACGGGCUUCGUCGAAAAUGGAUGAACUCAAACAUCAAGUCAUGAUUAACCAGUUCGUCCUGACGGCGGGUUGUGCGGCAGACCAGGCGAAGCAGCUUUUGCAGGCGGCACAUUGGCAGUUCGAGACUGCCCUCAGUGCCUUUUUUCAAGAAACAAAUAUUCCAUAUGGCCAUCAUCAUCAAAUGAUGUGCACCCCAGCCAACACACCAGCGACACCCCCCAACUUCCCGGACGCGUUGACCAUGUUCUCCAGGCUGAAGGCGUCCGAGAGCUUCACCAGUGGCAGCGGCGGCAGUCCCAUGGCAGCCUCCAUGGCCACCUCACCCCCACCCCCCCAGGUCGGCGGCUGGGGGGUCUCACCAAACGUACCUAAUGUGCCGCAACCUCCACAGGGACUAUGGACUCAGGGGCAGCCCCCCAUGCAGCCCUGCCCCGCCUGGCCCACAGGCGUGAACCCCCACGUGGGCACUGAGCAGAAGGCUAGUGUAGCGAUGGAGGCUGAGAGAUGAAGAGCAGCACGGGACUGAAAAACCCCCCUUCCCCGAGGGGGGGGUUGGGUGGGAGGUGAUAAUGGGUAGAAAUGGAUUUGAUCGUUUUCCCAAAAGACGGAUGGUUAUGGAAAGAGACGGAAACUACGCAAACCAAGAAAAACUUAAAUGUGGACAAUUUAAGAAGAGGAAAAAACCAAUGCAAAUAUCAAUACAAAAACAGAAAGAAAAAAAGAUACGCACACACAUAGUAAUAAGAGAGCAACUGAAAUCUUUGUUAGUUUUUCCUAAGUAAAUGCAUAGAUAAGAGAAAUAUUAUUGAACUAAAAAAACAGAAAUUUUUAAAAAAAAUUGUCACGCCCAAGGAUUCUAUGUGAUGUUCAAGGACAUUCAAGGCAGCAAACUUUAAUUUUAAGUUUUUUGUUCAGUUUUUUUUCUUCCAUCGUUUCAGCCAGUGUUUUUUUUUUGCCACUGGUGUUCUGUGUUUCUGCAACUGUCUGUGCUGCAUGAGGAGAGAGGAACUUGCAAUGCAGUGUCUGAGACUGACUCAAAAAUCAACACGCACUUGAGUGAGUGUGUACGCAUCUGAGCGGGUGGUCAGUUUGUAAUCAAAAAUGUAUACACACAAACAGACACACACACACACACAUAUAUAUAUAUAUAUAUAUAUAUAUAUAUUCUCACACACACACACACACACACACACACACACACACACACACACACACACAUAUACACACACAUUAGCGUGUAGAGGAAACACCUCCAUACUGUCAUCCCCAUCGUCAAAGGUGGGACUUUUCUUACCUCACCUGGUGGUCACCUGACUUCUUUCAGCCAAUCAGGGAUUCUUAAACCAACCGUUGCCGCCGCAGGACAUGUUUUUAAAGGUUUUUUCUUAAAGGCAGCAGCCACUCUGGUUUAUGCUAACUGAUCCUUGCUGCAAUUGCUUUUCCUGACAGUUUUAAACCUGGACUCAGACUACAACUGUCCACUGUAUACUUUUUCUGGAGAUUUGGGUUAUUACAAGAAAAAUGAGAAAUCAUGGUUUAAUAUAAUAUUGUUUAUAAUGCUAAUUGUUCUGUUUUAGUUGAAAGGUUAUGGGAGGUAGUUUUGAAAAUGGGUGGGACUUCAGGUUGAUCUUUUUUUUGGGAAAAAGUUAAUCAAAUGCAGCUAAAAUGGCUACAGAUUUAAAAAAAAAAAACACGACUACUCCAUCUUUGUAAACAGAAUUGCCACUUUGCAUGAUGUGUUCAUAACGUGUAACAUCUUUUGUAGCAAACAUACAUGAGGUCGAGCCAUGUUUAUGGUGGGGAUGGAGUUAAAGAUGAGGGUGGGGUGGUGGGUCUCAUUCCCAAAGCUAAUAGAAAUGCAAUAAAUGAGCGUUUCUCUACAAAGCUAGAGUCAAAUCAACAGUGUCUCAGUGUAAAGGCAAAAUUUGACAAAAUGUCUGGUUAGAUAUGAGAAACAAAGAGAAGAAAAUGGGUGUGGGGCAGCUUCGGGAAGCCCACCACAGGCUAUUUGGGGACACUACAGACUACUUUCAGAUAUACAGUAUAUAUAUACCCUCAGAUACUGUACUACAGAGGGGUUUUUACAACAUUUAGGUCUCUAGUUUUGACCAGUCCCUGGUCCAUUGAUACUGCUGAGGGACAGUUCAGGGAUGACCCUGAUAUACGGCAAUAUUUUAAAUGCAGGGUGGUACCCCUUUUUUAGUUUCUCCUGUUUGGAUUAUUUUUUCAUUUGAUACAAUAAGAGAAAGUAAGAAGACAUAUUUUGAAUAGCUGAGGGUCUUUUUUUAAAAGGAUUAAAAAGAUGUUUGGGAAAAUUACGGAUAUAAUAAUGAAUAAACAAGCAACUUCCUUUUUAUUAUUUAGACUGAACUAAUGUUUGAGUUCAUCCUUUUUUUCCAUGCUUCAUACUUUAUUUAGUUAAAUCAGAGCGUUUCUGGGUGGGCCUGUUCCUAAAUGGUUUCUCAUGUAUGUUUCCCCACUUGUAUGACUGUAUGAGACCAUUCCCACAAUAUUUGUGGACUACCUGAUAAUUAACUUAUCAUUUUUGUGAACCUAAAUAAAUAUUGUAUGUCAACCUAA